AUGAUCAUAAUUAUGCCGAGCCUUCUCAAUCCCUACGCAACCCUAGGCGUUUCUCACAGUGCGGAUGAGAAUGGCAUCCGUUCUGCAUACCACCGUCUCGCUCUACCCCAUCAUCCAGACAAGGUACGGUAUCAAAAGGAACGAUCACACAGCGAAGGAAAGUUCAAGGACAUCCAAAACGCUUAUGAUCUACUUAGCAUUGACAUGGAGCGCGCAAAGCUCAACCAUGUCUUAGAGUUCUUGAAUAGCAUCAGAGAUACUGAUACUCCAUGUAAUGAGCAAGGCAAGCCCACUCUCCCCAUCGUGGAUCUCCAGGUCGAGGAGCGCAAGGCCAGCGAGUUCCGUGAGACAGCUGCCGCAGUAUUCGCCCGGGCUACAGAGACGAAGGAAAAAGCCCAAGAAGCCGCCGAGGAUGCCGGCUGUGAGGUGAGAAAGGGCACAUACACAGGCCAUCCUAAGAACCACCGCUAUCUCCAUCCACGGAAGGGUACUGCUGAGUACAGGGCUCACGCCGCGGCGACAGCAGCUGCCUAUGGCAAAGCAAAACAGGUCGCGAUGAUUGCGUCGCUUUACGAACACUACCAAGCGCCUCGUCCCCUCGGAGCUCGGAAGUACUAUCAGCCGCUCUACCAGUCCCGGUGGUGUGAUCACGACACCGACAGCAGCAGAGGCGACUCUAUAGUUGCUCACCACGCCGAUAUCAACGCGACCAAUCAACAAGAAGCCGACGCUCGCCAGCGCCGGUAUGGGAUUCUACGAAGCAUGCAUGUGCUGAAGCCAAUCGCCGACAUCAAGGCACUCCAGGAAACUGACUUCUCGCCGUUAUUCCUGCAGGCGCCCUUGUAUGACGUCCCCUUCACCGCGAACACACCUGACGCGAAGGCGCUGCCCGCACCUUGGGACGGUAACCUUGAGGCUGAUCACCUCACGAGCUCGUAUCAAUGCAAGGCUAUGGUCAUCGGCGACCGUGCGAAUGGCGAGAUGAACGGCAAUACAAUCUGUCAAUGGAAAAGAUCGCAUUUAUCCACUAUGCCAGCCUUUGACUUGAGAGUCCGCGAGCCCAUCGUGGGACGGAAAAACCGGUUAUCGAUUCAAUACAUUGAUAUAUGGCGCCGAUGA